UAGCCUCUCCCUCCUCCCCUUUCCGGACUCGUUUUUUCCCGUGUUUCAAAUUUCGUUGCGGUUAUCGCGCGUAAUUUUCACGAUUAGGCGCCGUGAAACUGGGUCGUAAAAAAAAAAAAAGGGGGAGGGCUUUCUCAUAUAAGGUGGAGGAACGGCCGCACACGGUUGUGCUCUCGUACAAUUGAAUAUCACCGGAAGGAACCGCUUUUCGCCUCGCUCCUCGACCAUUCUCUUUUCCUCCUUUCCAUCUUCUCCUUCUCCUCCUCCUCCUCCUCCUCUUCUUCCUGUUCCACGAUGCAAGUCGUUCUUGGAUCGUUGUUCCUUGUCGCUCUCUUCCUCCCUGCUCACGGAUGGCAGAUCAGGGAUAGGAUCGGGGAUAACGAGUUGGAAGAACGGAUAAUAUACCCAGGAACGUUAUGGUGCGGACACGGUAACGUGUCGUCCAGUCCGAACGAGCUGGGUCGGUUCAAGCACACGGAUGCAUGCUGUCGAAGCCACGACAUGUGCCCGGACGUGAUGUCAGCUGGCGAAUCGAAGCACGGCCUGACCAACACCGCCUCCCACACCAGGUUGUCGUGCGACUGUGACGACAAGUUCUACGAUUGUCUUAAAAAUUCGGCGGACACGAUUAGCUCGUAUUUCGUAGGACAGAUGUACUUCAAUCUGAUAGACACGAAAUGUUACAAAUUGGAGCAUCCUGUCACCGGAUGCGGUAAGAGUGUCGGGGGUCGUUGUCUUAACUACACGGUGGACAAAAGCAAACCGAAAGUGUACCAAUGGUUCGAUCUUCGCAAGUAUUGAUAAAAUAUUGAAGAUCCCUUCGAUCGAAUUAUUUAUCCGAUCGAAUUCGAAAUCGAUGUUGAAACUUGAUUUAAUAAAAUAACGGAAAAUAA